AUGCUGAGUGAAAAUAUAUCGGCAUUAAAAUCUUCAUACACGAUAAUACGUCAUCAAAGCAUCAUACCAUUUGCAACAAUAUCGGAAUUCGAUGAACACAAUAAUCAAAAUGUAAAAGAUAAUAAAGAACAUUGGUACCUACUUUCCGAUUUAGUUGACGGUGAAACAUAUGAAACGCGUGUUUCUUAUGCUGCGACUUCGCCUACUAAUUUUGUAAUGGAGAUUUAUGAUCUCGAAAGUGUUGCCACGAUUUUAAGAAAUCGAGGUGAAUUGUCAUCAACGAUCAUAACUAAAAAUGAUGAUGAUUAUGAUCCUACAUCAAAAAUAAAAACAACAAACAAAUUACUACGAAUACGAGGAAUCUAUGAUGGGUAUUCAUCUAUACCGGGAAAAGAAAAUCAAGCUGUAGCAUAUAAUAUAG